AGCAAAGGGGCCCAUGUCCUCUGUUCUGGGCAGGAUGGCCACCAGAACAAGCUUCCCAGACCUCUUCAGAACUGCUGUUUUCUUUCUCUAAAUCCUCCUCCCCCCACAUCAGUCCAAACAAGGACUCCACCCUGAAUUCCGCCCAAUUCCCCGGUGCCCUCAAUGUUCCGGCUGCACAUACUUGAAUGCUUACUGGCUGUGCCGGUCCUGGAAGCCAGUAGGUCCAAAUGGUUUCAUAUCUGCUGCCACUGUUGUGAUGUCUAGCUGUUGUUAAGGCUCGGACUCCUCAGUCUUGUCAGAGGAAGGAUAUAGCCUUCUUCUGCAGGAGGACCAGAUGCUAUCGCUACUUACUGCUUUGGUGUCCAUCCUUGCUGUCCCAUGGCAAUUAGUCAGCAGGUUGACCACUAGAUGACUCGUGAUUUCUAGACCUCACAGUUUCCAGUCUGUCAUGUUUUCACCAGGAAGAAGGAACAUCCUGAGACGUCUGAAUUAAACCUCACAAUCAGCCUACUUUGAGCACACCAGGACAAGUUUGUACGUCUCUCAAUAACAUCUCACUGAUGCAUUCGAACCACAAGCAUGCCAUGAGUCAAACAUCGGUCCUAGAGUGUAGUUGUUUAAACUGGUACUACUGGCUGCAUUUGAUCAUUGAGAGUGGUUGCUAUAGACAACCCACUAUUCACAGGGGAUCAUGGACAUCGAAGCCUAUUUCGAAAGGAUCGGUUAUAACAACCCAGUCUAUACAUUGGAUUUGGCCACACUAACCGAAGUUCUUCAGCACCAGAUGCGAACAAUUCCUUUUGAGAAUCUCAACAUGCACUGUGGAGAAGCCAUGGACCUGGGCUUAGAGGCUACUUUUGAUCAAAUUGUGCGGAAGAAGCGGGGCGGGUGGUGUCUCCAGGUUAAUCAUCUCCUGUACUGGGCUCUGACCCAAAUGGGCUUUGAAACCACCAUGUUGGGAGGAUAUGUUUACAUAGUGCCUGUCAGUAAGUACAGCAGUGAGAUGAUUCACCUUCUAGUGCAGGUGACCAUCAGUGACAGGAACUACAUUGUUGAUGCUGCCUAUGGAGGCUCCUACCAGAUGUGGGAGCCUGUAGAAUUAGCAUCAGGGAAGGACCAGCCUCAGGUGCCUGCCAUCUUCCGUUUGACAGAAGAGAACGAAACCUGGUACUUGGACCAAAUCAGAAGAGAGCAGCAUGUUCCAAACCAAGAAUUUGUCAACUCGGACCUCCUUGAGAAGAACACAUAUCGAAAGAUCUAUUCUUUUACUCUCCAACCCCGCACUAUCGAGGAUUUUGAAUAUGCGAAUACCUACCUUCAGAUAUCUCCAGUAUCUGUGUUUGUAAACACAUCAUUUUGUUCCUUGCAAACCUCAGAAGGGGUUUGCUGCUUAAUAGGCUCCACUAUUGCGAGGAGGAAAUUCAGUUAUAAGGAAAAUGUAGAUCUGGUGGAGUUUAAGAAUGUGAGUGAGGAAGAAAUAGAAGAUGUGCUGAAAACUGCGUUUGGUGUUUCUUUAGAGAGAAAGUUUGUGCCCAAAAAUGGUAACCUAUCUUUUAGUAUUUAGGGUAAAGCGCAAAACUGCUUUUCAUUAUUAUUUCAUGUUCUUAAACAUUUGAGACAUAUGCAAAUAUAUUCAUAGGAGUCCUUAAAGAGUCAUCACCCAGCUCGAUGUUGAUCAGCUGAUGACUUGUAUCUUCUACUUCCUACAUUUUAUGAAAAAGCAAUUGUAGCUGUCCUGUUAUUUCACCAAUAAAAAUAUAAUCAGUUAUAAUUAAAUAAAAAAUUUAAUGGGUAUAGCCACAAUCCUUUUCAAGAUUACUCAUACAAAAAUAUCCUAGUGAAGAUGCAGUUAACUUGGGAACUAUAUUCAUUUGUAAUAGAAAACCUUCAAACAUUAUGCUAUUGUUGAACUCACAUAAGACUUAUGUGAGUAAUUGACUAUGAAUAGACAGAGAACUGCAGGCAUUAAAUUUAGCCAGAGUAAUUCUGAUGUCCAAGGUUUACAAGAAGCCACCUUCACAACUUAGGAUCAGAAUAAGGCAAACCAGAAUGAGCCAUCAUUUCAGUUCCGGGAAACUUCCUAGUCCUCAAAACAAAACUCAAGCCAGUGCAUGGAGCUCGAUAAGUAGGUGCCAAGGCAACGAUAUGGCUUAGAAUUUACAGGGUAAAUAUUACAGACACAGUUCCAUUUAUAUUUGGCUUUUUCUUAAAGAUAUGGGAACACUGAUAUUUUGAAUUAGGUGAUUUAUACCUCAUAAAAUGUGUGGUACCUUGAAAAACAUUGUUUAUGAAGUAUAUUAUUGCUAAAUACAUUAAAAUAGUAUUGGCUAAUA